GUCCAGGUGCAGUUUAAGACUUGAGGUCCUUCAGGAACCAGUCAACUCGCUCUAAAAGAUGACUGACAGCCGUGAGAGCCAAUCAGCGGUCAGCUCAGAGCGCAACGGCACUUUUAAGAAGCUGCACGAAACUCUUUCGGCUCAGUUUGGCAGUCCUCUCAUAUUUCUAUGAUAGUUUUUGUGGCAUUUCAGUCAUAUUUCAAUCAUAGUUUAGCUAUAAUUCGGCGAUAUUUUUAAGUCACAUAGUUUUGUCAUAUUUCAGAUACAUUUGAGUGAUAAUUCCGUGAUAUUUCAUUCAUAAUUUAGUGAUUAUUUUAGUGAUAUUUGAAUGAUAUUCCCGCACCGUCCCUGCAUUCCCCGGAGCCUCCGCAGCCCUCCGCGGGGUUUCCCCCGGAACAAGAGCCUUUCCCCGGCGGAGUAUGUCCCGACGGUCCCGGUGCUCCUUCCCCGAGACAUGGAGCUGUGUUACCGGCUGCUGCGGCGGCUCGUGCCUGGUCUGCCUCGCGGACGCGCCGCCAGCCGGGUGGAGAUCCUUCAGCACGUUAUUGACUACAUCCGGGACCUUCAGACCGAGCUGGACGCCUCCUGCGCGACCCGGGGACCGGGGGACGAACCUCCACACCUGCCAGCCUGAAGAAUUCCUCAAAACAACAGAGGUCAAGGAGAGCUGCACAGAUGAUGUGUUUGGAACAAGAGGACGAUAGGACACCAGCAGGGGGGACUGGACCAAACUCUGACAUUUGUGUCCAUUGUGGACGUCUCUGUCACACACACACACACACACACACACACAUAUAUAUAUAUACACACACACACACACAUAUAUAUAUAUAC